AUGGAGCCGAUUCGCUGGCGGCGGAGCCGAUACAGCACUCGGCCCGCAGUCGCGUCGACGCUGCUCAUCUCGCUCAUCGCCGCCUAUGCCCUCGUCCUGCCUGUGCUGCGCGUCGCCCGCCCCCGUCACCAUGGCCGAGCAGCGCCUCUAGACGCGCGGUCGUCCGAAUUUCCCGGCCCCCAGUUGUCUCUACAACAUGCCGGCGCCGGCGCCGGCGCCGUCGCUGUUGACUGUCGCGCUGUGCACUACGCCCAGGACCAGUGCGCCUUCGUCCUCAACCACUGCAGCGACGACGAGGCCGGUCUCAUCCACUACCUCGCCUUCUACUACUGCUCGCCCGGCAAUGCCCGUCCCGUCGCCUUUGUCGUCCUGGCCCUCUGGUUGGGCCUGCUCUUCACCACCAUCGGCGUCGCCGCCAGCGACUUCUUCAGUGUCAACCUGAGCACCAUUGCUAGCGUUCUGGGCCUCAGCGAGAGCUUGGCCGGCGUCACCUUUCUCGCCCUUGGCAAUGGCUCUCCCGAUGUCUUCAGCACCUUUGCCGCCAUGGGCUCCAACAGCGGCAGCAUGGCGGUUGGCGAACUGAUAGGUGCUGCCGGCUUCAUCACCGCCGUCGUUGCCGGGUCCAUGGCCUUGGUCCGCGAGUUCAAGGUCAGCAAGCGGACCUUUGUGCGCGACAUCAUCUUCUUUAUCGUCGCCGUCAGCUUCACCAUGGUCUUCCUGGCUGACGGCCAUCUUCAUCUCUGGGAGUGCUUUACUAUGAUUGGAUUUUAUCUCUUCUACGUAGUGACUGUUGUUGGCUGGCAUUGGUUCGCCUUGAGGAGGCGGCGCCAGCGCUUGAGGGAUGUUGCUUCGCGCACACACUUUCAUAGCCCCGGCCGCACUGCCGAAGAAUUGGAGCCCUACCGCGAUGCCCCCGAUGAUGACGAGGCUGCCCCCGUGGGAGGCCGUUCUUACAGUGCUCCCGAGGCUGCCGACAUCAGCAUGCUGGAGCGGGCUCCCAGGAUAGAGGUUGACGGUGUCGGCCUGACACCCGCGCUGCAGGGAGACGACGACGAUGAUGAGCGCGAAGUGCACGCGGCGGCCGAAAUGACGAGCAGUAUGCGCGUAAACCGCCCUCGCUGGGGCCGGAGCAACACCACCAUCACCCCCAUCAGGCCGAGUCUAGUGGGCGUCUUGGAGUUCAGGGCCGUUCUCUCCUCGCUGCACAGGGCUCGAAACAUGCAUCUGGGGCCGUUGCCCGGGAGGUUUUACUCGGACCGCCCCGGCCUGGAACGCUCCAACUCUUCUAUCGAGGUUGGCCGAGACCGCACCGAGGUUGGACGGGGCCGCUUACGGACAAACACCCUGCCGGCGCAUGCCGUCUACUCCACAAGAGAGCGAGCCUUGUCCAACGGAAACCCGCCUCGGAAUCUCCAAUCCCACAGCCCCGGGCGGCCUGCGUCCGAGAGGGUAACCGGAACCCGGACAAGCUCAGCCGCUAGAACCGUGGAUGGGAGGCUUGCGCCGCCGAAUGGCCUCGGCCUCGACCCUGCAUCGCAGCAGUUACAACCGUCCCCAUCACCUCACAGCCUAAACUUACGGAUUCCUUCGCCCAGCGGCGGCUCAAGUGGGCAGACUUCGCCGUCCGCCGCCUCGUUCCCUGUCUUUGAAUCCCCCAGCGUGUUGACCCCUGUACACCAGGGCCAGGAUCAGGCUGCCUUUGUAUUUCCCUUUCCGUCCGAGAGACGACGUGCCUCGACUCGCGGGUUUGACGACCGCGUGGAGGAGCCGAGACCUAUUGGCUGGUGGCCUUACCAGUUCCUGCCACCUCCUCACAUUCUUCUGGCUACUAUUUUCCCGACCAUGCAAGGGUGGGGCGACAAGAGUCUGUGGGAUAAGCUCAUCAGCCUCAUCUCAGUCCCCAGCAUCUUUGUCCUAGUUACAACGCUGCCGGUGGUCGAGACUGAACCCGACCAUGACGAAUCGGAACUUGAUUUGGCCAGCCCCCCAGCCCACGGCCAUGUUGGGAACACGGCCAUGCCCGUUUCGGUCUCUGACGGGGACGGGAUCGAGCCCGAGACGGAAUGGCAAGAGUACCGCCGCCGGGCUCAAUCCGUGGCUUCCCUCAUGUCGCCUCCUCGGGUAACGUCAUCGCUUGUAGACGGGGACAUGCCGCCGCUAUCCGAAGACCCGAUUCCGGAGGAGUCAGGUCAAGACCAGUCUCCAAUAAGUGUCGAGACCCCGCAAAUAGCAAAGAUGCCUGUUCAUCUUGAGCUCGAUCGUGCUACUACAUGUACGUCGACGGAGGACUCGUCGGACUGGAACCGAUGGCUCGUAGCCCUACAAAUCUUCACCGGCCCACUCUUUGUCGCCGUAAUCGGCUGGGCCAACGUGGCUGAAGACCUGGAGCAGCCCGGCAAGGUGCUAAUCAAGCUAGUGCUAUACGCGUUGCUGUUGUCUCUCUGUCUUUUCGCGGCGCUGCUCCUCACAACCACUCCUGACAAGAAGCCCAAGUACCACUAUCUCUUGUGCUAUCUCGGAUUCGUAAUUAGCGUUGCAUGGAUUUCCACCAUUGCGGGAGAGGUGGUCGGGGUGCUAAAGACAUUUGGAGUGAUCCUGAAUAUUUCCGAGGCCAUUCUGGGCCUGACGAUAUUUGCAGUCGGCAACUCGCUGGGUGACCUCGUGGCCGAUGUUACAGUCGCCCGUCUUGGACACCCGGUCAUGGCAUUGGCUGCGUGCUUCGGGGGUCCAAUGCUCAACAUUCUGCUUGGCGUGGGUAUUGGCGGAGCCUGGAUGGGCAUCUCGUCGGCGAACAAGAAGCACAAGAAACACCCCGAGAACCCGAUUCACUACAAACCCUACAGCAUCGAGGUCGGCGGCACGCUGAUGAUCUCGGCCAUCACGGUGCUGCUGACUCUGAUUUUUCUACUGAUCGUGGUCCCUUCGAACAAUUGGAUCAUGAGCCGGAAAAUAGGCUGGAGCCUGAUUGCCAUUUGGACGGUUAGCACGAUUGUGAAUCUCGUCCUCGAGCUCACGGGCACCUGGGCCGACGAGGCGUGA